AUGGAUCAUCCAGAUGCCCAAAAAGAAGUGCACCCAAAUGCUUCCAAACGUAAGUUGGUAGGAAAAUAUAAUGUCGAUAAACUUGGCAGCAACUUUAGCGGACGACCGAGAGCAAAUCAUGCAGCACAUACUGAAUUUCGCCAAUAUUCAAACUGCAUGCGAGGAAGAAGUGAGGAAGAAAAUGAUCGAGUGCAUUGCCAACAUCAAAAAAGUCUUAGGACUCAAUGAAGAUGCGGUUGAUGAAAGAUGUGAGUAAUCUUAAUUUUCAUUAAUAAAAAUUGUCAUGUUUUCAGUCCUCACCAAACUUCAUGAUUACUUUGACAUUUUGGACACCGAUUUGAAUAUGAGCGUCCUCUUUAUUGAGAACCAAAUUUUCAAUUUUGACGAGAUCCUCGAUCAGCCAAUUCAAUCGGUUUGGUUGCACCAGGCGUGGGUCUGUCAUACUGAGAUUGAUGACGAUAUCGUUCUUGGUAUUUUUAAAACUCAAUUCAGGCCAUAUUUCAUUUUUGUUUAUUUCAGCCUUUCCCGUAUUUCCAAUCAGAACCGCGCCUCAAAUUUGCUUCUUGCCUCUAUUAGCCAUCCGCUACAGUAGCGCAGAAGAGAAAGCGUCAGUUUGCACGGAAUUCGUGAAAAGCUGCGCAUUGGCGCAAGGUCUCCGAGUCGAUGAUGCUACAUCAGCAAAAAUCAAGAAAUUUUUCUUGAAAAGUGAAUUCAAUAUAUUUGUAUAGUUAAGGGCUUUUCGUAUUUACAGGCGCUAGAAGAUUUGAAAUAACUUAUCGAGGAGAACUCGAAGAUAUUCGCGACGUUUUGCUCAAUCAGUUCAAAAGCUCGAAUAGUCCUCUGAUUAAAUCGACUGUCAAGGAACUCUUAAACAAAAUGAUCAAUCACUUCUUCUAUAUUUUAGGAGUUUCCGCUGAUGAAAACAUAGACUGUGAGUGCAAUUUGAGGCGAAGUUCUCAAAGUAAACGUUUAACGAAUUGUUUUUGUUCAGAUCUCAGAGUGACCCGCAACUACGCCCUUCAAAAUGGCGAGCUCCUAGAUCCAUUGGAUAUUUGUUCGGAUUGUGAAACGGAACAGGAUUUCGAUACGGAACCUGAACCGGAAACGGAUCCUGAACCGGAAAUCGGAGCGGAAUCGGAAUCGAAAGUGGAAGCGGCAACCGAAGCGGAAGCCGAAGCGGAAUCGAAAGACGACUGA